AUGUUUAAUGGGUCAAAGGUAUUGAAUAGCAGCAGAGUUCCAAGGAGGUUGUUACAGUCGACAUGGAACCAUCUAUUUAAUGGAAAAGAUGAGGAUAAUAAUGAUGAUAAUGUGAAUAAAUCCAGAAGAAGCUCAGAAGUAUCGACGAGCUCUAUUGAAACUAAUGAAUUUGAAGAAGAUGAAACACAUCAAGUAAUGGAAGAAAUUGAAUGUGAAAGUGUUCAGGAUUUGAUGUGUGAAGAAGAUAUUUAUUUCUUUGUAGUUGUGAUUACUGUAGUCGUAGUUACAGUAGAAUUGGCCGUUCCUGUGUAUUUGCAGAGUCCAUUAUUAUUUUCAUGA